GACAGCACACCCUUGCGAGGACAACGGGUCUCUCUGGGCUCUAUUAUCUGCAGCCAGCCUUCAUUGUCAGGUUUCUGGAGCAGCCAUGGCAGCAGUGCCUGAACUCGCCAGUGAAGCGAUGGCUUACUACAGUGGCAAUGAGAACGACCUCUUCUUUGAGGCUGACGGCCCCACGCAGACCAAGCGCCCCUUCCACAACCUGGAGCUCGGCUCGCUGGGCGACAGCGGCAUCCAGCUGCAGGUCUCCCCCCAGCUAUGCAGCACAAGUCCUGGGCAGGUGGUGUCGGUCCUGGUGGCUUUGGAGGAGCUGAGGGCAGUGCCCACCGUCUGCACACAGGACCUCCAGGAGGAUGACCUGAGAAGUCUCUUCUUCUUCAUCUUUGAAGAAGAGCCCCUCAGCUGCACGUGGGACGACGGGUACGUGUGCGACGCGCCCCUGCAGUCGCUGAGCUGCAGGCUCCGGGACAUAAACCAGAAGUCCCUGGUGCUAUCUGGACCCCACGAGCUGCAGGCCCUCCACCUCAACAGACAGGAUGCAAGCCGACAAGUGGUGUUCUGCAUGAGCUUCAUGCCAGGAGAAGAGAACGAUGACAAGAUCCCAGUGGCCUUGGGCAUCAAGGAAAAGAACCUGUACCUGUCCUGUGUGAUGAAGGACAGGAAGCCCACUCUGCAGCUGGAGAUGGUACACCCUGAAGAUCAGUUAAAGAAGAUGGACAAGCGAUUUGUCUUCAACAAGACAGACAUCAAGGGCAAGGUGGAGUUCGAGUCCGCCCUGUACCCAAGCUGGUACAUCAGUACCUCACAGAUGGAGCAGAUGCCCGUCUUCCUGGGGAGCAGCCGAGGUGGCCAGGAUAUAACCGACUUCACCCUGGAAGUCCUUUCUCACUAGAGACCAGACCCAGAGCACCCUCACCCGGCUGCCGACAGGGACAGAUGGGUGUGGAGGUGGCCGUGGGCUGCUCGUCACUGUUGCCAGCCAAUGCCCCCUGCCUUCCCCCCAUUGACACUCAGGAGGCCACCAGCCAGACCCAUGCCACACAAAACCAGCCUGGCAAAGACCGCAGCACAUACCGUUCAGAGAAGCCCUCUGUCCUCAGCACCAGCCCCAACGAGCAACCUCCUAACUCUCU